AUGGCGAACCUGCGACUUGGCGUCGCCUUCGGCGCCAUCACUCUGACCCUGCUGGUGUUCAUGCAAUUGCUUGCCGUGGUAUCGCAUACCGAACAGGCACCAGUCUCUAGCUUUAGCAAAAGCUUCAAUCAAUGGAGAAGCCGAGCGAGCUCGGCAGCCACAGACAAUAGUCUGUUUUUGGUUGGUGCGGGCAAGGCAGAUGUUACUGGGCCGGUCGUCGAGGUUGACUUCAAUGGCUAUGCAAGCCUGGAUCAGCUGGGCACGGGUCUGCGACAGCGAAUUUACUCCCGUGCCUUUAUAUUUGCAGAUCCUAAUACGCCUGAAGAUACCUUCAUUUAUCUUGUCCUCGAUACGCUCGCUGGUGAUACAGCAGUGAGACAUGGAGUCCUGCAAGGACUCGCCGCCCUAGGCAGCGACUAUGCGCGAUAUGGCGAGCACAACGUUGCACUCACUGGAACCCAUUCCCACUCCGGACCAGGAGCGUGGAUGAAUUACCUGCUACCUCAGAUCCCGACCAAGGGAUUUGACAAGCAGAGCUACCAGGCGAUUGUGGAUGGUACCAUCCUGUCCAUCCAGAGAGCGCACGAAAGUUUGACCACGGGACGCUUGUCUUUUGGGUCCAUUGAUCUCGAAGAUGCCAACAUCAACCGCAGCCCAUAUUCAUAUGAUCACAACCCCGAGGAAGAGAAAGCCAAGUACUCGGCCAACGUCGAAAAGACGCUGACCCUCCUACGAUUCGACCGGGAAUCGGAUAAUAAGACUGCGGCAGUGUUGACCUGGUUCCCCGUGCAUGGCACAUCCAUGUACAAUAAUAACACAAUAGUCACUGGCGACAAUAAGGGCGUUGCUGCUUAUCUGUUUGAGCGCAGCAUUGAUGGCGAUUCUCGAUUCGCUGACGAUGUGGUGAUCGGCUUCUCACAGGCCAAUGUCGGAGACACCAGCCCGAACGUUCUCGGUGCAUGGUGCGAGGACGGAUCUGGGGAGAUGUGCACCUAUUCUGACAGCACUUGUGGCGGGACCAACGAAGAUUGUCACGGCCGAGGCCCGUACUUCCGGGAACAAGACAACGGUGCGAAGAGCUGCUUUGAGAUUGGCAAGCGUCAGUAUGUUGCUGCAAAGACGCUCUACGAGGACAUGAGCUCCAGCGCGACGGCGAUCACGGGAAGUUCGGAUGUGCGCUCCUUCCACGUCUACCAGGACCUGAACGGGUACAGCUUUCCAUCUCCGUUCAACGGAAGUACAUUGAAGACCUGUCCCGCGGCGCUAGGAUACUCCUUUGCAGCGGGUACAACUGAUGGUCCUGGUGCAUUUGACUUCACACAGAAUGCAACAAGCCCGGCCACAGAAAACCCGCUAUGGGCAGUCGCCCGGGCGUUCAUUCAUCAGCCCAGUGAGGAGCAACAGCAAUGCCAAGGGGCGAAGGAUAUCCUGCUGGAUGUUGGAACGCUCACCGAGCCCUACGCAUGGGCUGCCGACAUCGUAGAUAUCCAGGUGUUGCGAGUCGGGCAGUUAUUUGUUAUCGUCUCGACUAGCGAAGCCACGACCAUGUCGGGCCGUCGGUGGAAGGCGGCCAUUGCCAGCGCCGCCCAAAAUAAUCUAUCCGUCUCAAACCCGCAGGUGGUUCUCGGCGCCCCGUCGAAUAGUUACGCUCAUUAUGUCGCGACGGAGGAAGAGUACGACGUCCAACGCUACGAGGGGGCGUCAACGCUUUACGGACCCAACACCCUUGCCGCAUACAUUAACCUUACCCUCACGUAUCUGCCUUAUCUUGGGAGCGCUUCCGACAUCGCCAAUCUCCCCGACAUCCCGACAGGGCCUAGCCCGCCUGUUAACACCAACCGGUCCCUUAGCUUCAUUACCGGGGUAGUCUAUGAUGGGGCUCCGAUCGGCAAGUCCUUCGGCGAUGUGGUCUCGAACCCGGCCAACCAGACCUACGGCCCGGGAGACUACGUCAAUACGACUUUUGUUGGCGCCAACCCGCGCAACAAUCUCCACCAGGAGUCAACUUUUGCGGCGGUUGAAAAGCAGAACACCGCUUCGGGGGAGUGGGAAGUUGUCCGCGAUGACGGCGACUGGAACCUAGUAUUCUCGUGGGAUCGCACCAACACAGUCUUGGGGUACAGCGAGGUGACGAUACAGUGGCAGAUCGAGGAUGAUUAUUACAGUGUGGGUGACCCGAAUCCAGUGCAGAGUGGUACGUAUCGUAUGCACUACUAUGGAGACUCAAAGAGUGUCCUUGGGGAGAUCUCGUCGUUCGAGGGGAUCGGGGGGACUUUUACGGUAGUCUCGUAA